UGCUACUCUAUCAAUAGACAGAAAAAGGGGGAUAGAAAGAGAGGGAGAAUUAGAAAGCAAGAAUUAGUGCUAGAGGAGAACAGGGAGAAAAUUCUAGAUAAAAAUGAAAAAGAUUUGCUGAAAGCAAAUUAUUGAUGAAAAGAAAAAUUCUGGUCAAACAACGCAAGGUCUUAGUCAAAAAUGGACUAUUUAAACGUACUUACGCUGGAAUAAGGAGACACAGGAACUGGUAUACAUUUUUAUUUAAUACACUUUACACACAACAACAGCUAUCCAGAAGAUUUAUCAUAUAUAAAGAGGAGGCCAAUCACAGUGGCUGUUCCAUCCAAUCUUCACCUCCCUUCCUCUCUCAAUCAGAUGGAGGAGUCUGGUAGCCCCCGAUUUAGGAAGCUCCAUUUCCCAGUGGGCUUGUGGAUAAAUUCUCCGCGUAAACACUUUGCCAAGCUAGGAGCCCGCUGGCCCAGUGCUGCCUCGGUCAAGUCCACAACUAGUUCAGAUGCUGCUUCCCUGCAUGAGGCCCCAUCAUCCAUCCCUCCUUCCUCUCUCUCUCACUCCACCCCUUCUCUAGCCCCACCCUCUCCAUCCCCUUCUCCAGCCUUCCUCCGUCCCCGCCCAGCCAAUCAGCAGUCCCGUGCCAAACGGCUGUCCCACCUCUUCCUGAGAGGCCGAUCCAAUAGCGACCGAGACCGUGGCAUUGGAGAACGUGAGAGGGAAAUAUGGGCACAUUCUGCCGCCCCCUCAUCACAUCACUACCUGCCUCCUGCUUCCUCUAAUGCCCCUGGGCUGGUCAAGAUCUAUGGAGAUGCCCUGUCCAGUGGGGCUAACUAUCGCAGCCUGCUGGCAAACAUUCACUCCACUGCUCGCCAGCUAAUUCAGCAGGUCAUCAACCGCUACACUGAAAGAGAGAGAGAGAAUGAGAGUGAAGACACAGCUCUCCAGAAAUAUUCCCCCGAGGACUUCCUGUUAUGUGAUGUCAUUGGAAAGCCCAUUCAGCAGCCAGAUGGAGCCAUUAAAUGGGAAACAGAGUGCCGAAGGAGUGUUGCAUCCUGGGAAUGCCCCUUACAGCUAGUGGAUAUGUGGAGACCAAAGGAUGGUUAUGAACGACGGUUCGAGAUCCAGUGCCUUGAGGAAUAUGAGAGGGAGGAGAAAGAGAAGGAGAAAGAGAGAGAAAGGGAUGGAGAGAGCUAUCAAGGAGUGCGUUGGAGGCGGAGUCGCAUGGCCUCUGGGGGUGGUCCAGAGGAAGAACGAGGUCAUCGGGGGAGGAACACUGAACUUAGGAGGAGCAUCAGUGAUAUGAACCUGAGUCUAAGACGUCGCCAAGGCAACAAUGCUACUAAUGACCCUCGGUGUACGGGCAAUGCCCCAAACAAUGGACAGGAUAGGAAGAAUAUAGUGAGCAUGAUAGCAAAUGAACCAGGAGAGGUCACUAGGUCAAGAGGCGGAGGUGAGGCAGACAAACGCACUCGGGCAGUAGAGGAAGAGAGAGACACCUGUGACCUGGAAGUGAUGUCGCAGAGUCUGAUCCUUCCGCCAACGGAUCGCCCAUACUUCCUGUUACUGCAAGGCUAUGACCAGAGCAAGGACUUUGUGCUGUACAUAAUGGUGGGUCACACACAUGUUUUUGGGCGGAAGCCAACAUUCCGAGAGUGUGAGAUGGACAGGGAGAGAGAGAGGAAGGGGAAGAGGCCUCUAAAAGUGGACACUUUCCUCUCAGCCCCCGACCUGCUUGUUCGACACCUCCUAAUCAGGAGAGACACAGCUGUCCCUGAGCAACCCCGCGGUCAAGCCUUGGCAUAUCCAUUUAGAGGAGGACCUGUCACUCUUAAUGGAGCUCCACUGUACAGGGAAGCAGCCCUAAAACCUGGAGACUUACUGGGUCUUGGCAGUCACUUCCUUUUCCUUUAUCGUGACCCCCGUGUGACCCCUGCCCCACCCCUGGCGUUACCCCCACCAUGGCAAAGUGACAUGUCAACUUCCUACAGCCCUAGCAGCGUGACAGAUAGACAGGAAAUGCUCAGGCAGUAUCUGGGGUCUACAGAGUCGCUGCUGAGAUUCCACGCCAAACAUGCAGAUGCCCUGCUGCAGGAAAUUAUCUCAAAGAACUCCACCCCAGAUUCAGGGGGUGGGGCCUUAGCACCUGCCUAUCUUCUGUCACUCAUGAUUGACUAUGCCUCGAAACAUCUGGAUCCUGCAUUGACACCACAACUGCUAUUAAAGGCAGCCAAUCAGAUCAAAGGGAUUGUUUGGGACAAAAUUAAAGAGUUCGGUGACAAACAUUCAACACAAAAUUCAGCAGAGGUUGAGGUUGAACUUCCUCCACCAAGCAUGCAAAAGCUCUCCUCUGACCUUCGGCCUCUCAUGUUCUGGAUGUCCAAUGCCACUGAGCUCCUAAACUUCUUCCAGGUCAAAGUCGAAGCCCUGGAAAAAGAAUGGGAAUUUGAAGCUCCAGGUGACCCUGUUCUGUCAGCUGACAUGGACACCUGUUCUGAGGCACUGGCACAGCUGGAUGAUGUCAUAAUGCACACCUUUCAGCAGUGUGUUUACCAUCUGACCAAGACCUUAUACUCCCUGCUCCCUGCAUUGUUAGACACUAACCCAUUCUCCAGCGAGGAGAAGAAGAAAGGAAAAGCAGGAGCUAAAGACAGAGCAGAUAGUGGAGGUGAGGGAGAUGAGGAAGAGGACGUCUCCACUCUACCUCCCACUGUAGCUGGACUGGUGGAAGUGUAUCGGUGCUCUCUGCAGCUUUCCCGGGAAGCUUGCCUCUCUCCACCUUUAACCUCCCAGACGUUUGGCUACCUCUUCUUUUUCACAAACACGUCUCUUCUCAACACACUCUUGGAGAGAGAUAGUCUGUUCUCUUGGUCUCGUGCGGUUCAAAUUCGAACCAAUCUGGACCUGGUCCUAGACUGGCUACAAGGAGCAGGCCUUGGAGAUAUUGCCUCCGAGUUUCUAAAGAAGCUAUCGGUUACUGUCAACUUCCUGUGCGUACCUAAGACCCGCCUCAUUCAGUCUUCCUGGUCCAGUUUACAAGAAGAACAUUCCUUGCUAAGUUCUUCCCAGCUUCACCAUCUUCUCACUCACUAUAAGCUUGGACCAGCGAGAGCCCCACCUUCCUCAUGGGCUCCACCUCCCGGUACCGAACUUGGAGGUGAUAUUUUCGAGAGUUUCUUGGACCAUCCUCCUCUCAUCCUGCCCAAUGAGACACCCCGCCUGGACCUGAGUCAGCCAAUCCCAAGCCCUGAGCUACAAAAGGAAGUGACUCGUUUGCGAACGUUCCUGUGGGGGCUGGACCAGGAUGAACUACCAGCUAAUCAGCGGACUAGACUGUAACAUUAAUUGUUUUGGCCAUAAUGAGAUCUAUAGCAGUGAUUAGCCUUUAAAUACUAGUAUAUAAGGGCCUGUUUAUAUAGAAUUCAUUUCAGGUGCCAUUCCUCCUCUUUAUGCUUAUCUAGGACAUCUGUUAGAUUUAAAUACAUAAUCAUGUUAUACAUUGGCUUAAUAAUAAAUCUGUACAAUUCAUUGCCUUUUAGUUAUCUUAAAUAGCUGCUUGAGAAGUAAGAGAAAGACAGGAAUGUGCUUUUGGGGCCCUCAAAGAAAUAUUCGCACAAAAAACCAUAGGUCAUCAUACCAAUAUUAUAAAAAGAAUGGAAGAAAACUUGAUUUUAUAGGAGCUUCAUUGCCUGGUUGCAAUGAUAAAUGCCAACCUAUAAUUUUAAAACAUUGUCUUCAAAUGUGCUUUUACAGUAGGCUUUAAUUGAUAGAUAUUAUCUAAAUACAACACAACCAUAAUCAAUUUAAACUGUUUAUAUGAUCAGGUAAAUUAGUUGUAUUAAUAACACCUUAAAAAAAUGCAUUGACCUCUUCCAUUGUAAUGUAUUUUCACAUAAUCUGUAUUAAACAAACAAACAAAAGUUA